ACAUUGUGUUUUGGAUAUUUUUGCUUAGAAAAAAUCAUUGCCCAAGCAAAGAAAGUGCCGACACGUUUGUCGUUUUAAAUGGUGUUCGAUCUACAAAUAAUCAGUUACUUUGUUAAUUUAUGGAAUUUUAGCAUAAAGUUGAAUACACAAUUGAAAUUCUUAGUUUCCUAACAGAGAAUUGAACCAGCAAGAUCCAUUGAAUAUCAAUCUUUUUAAGAGAUUUUUUUGAUUAAUUGGUGAAUAUUCGAAGCAGCUGGAUUACUCAAGAUCCUAUAAAAUGAAGUUUUUAUUUAUGGAUUGUUUGAAGCAAAAAGUUGCAUUCUCCACAAAACAACCUGGGACCUUUAAUUUCUGUUUGGUGGCACCACACAAUAAAACCUAUAUAACAACCAUCCCCAGCAAGGAGAAAUUCGCUAACGGACACAAGCACGAUAUACUGCAAGAAAUAGCCGUCGAUGAAACAGAUUUAACCCCAAACCUAAAGGCCACCUAUAAACUCUUUCAGGACGCAGAUCAGUGUAUCGAUUCAAACGUCUGCCACAAUAACCCGGAGAAUACAAGGAAUAUUGCCUUAAAGUCAUCACAAUCUACAGAUGAUUUAAAAGUGAUACAGCAGCAACCCAAAGCUAAGCAGAAUCAAGAAGUUAACAAUCCUAAGCCCAAAGGUUUAACGGCACCACCACGUUUAGAGGGUAACGUAAGAGGAUCAUUGAAUGAUCUAUUGUUGCAAUCGAGACGUACCGAGUGUUUAGCAGCUAAUUUGGAUAAAGCCAUCACAACUCUAAGGAGGAAUCCAGCGAAAGUCCUGAAAGACAUCACACUAAGCAACAAUUUUAAAUCGGAGAGUUCUUUAGAGACCGACAUCGAAAGCGUCAUCACUAACAGCAGCACUAUAUCUACCACUAUGACCACAUCAGUAAAUGUUAACACCGUAGGUGUACCCACCGCCAGUGAGAAGCUACCAUGGCCCAAUUCUAAAGAUGAUUAUGAAUUGCGCGAUGUUAUUGGCGUGGGUGCCACUGCUGUGGUACAUGCGGCCCUUUGCUUGCCCCGCAACGAAAAAUGCGCCAUCAAACGCAUAAAUUUGGAAAAGUGGAACACCUCCAUGGAUGAAUUGCUUAAGGAAAUACAGGCUAUGUCUUCGUGUAAUCACGAAAAUGUGGUAACCUACCACACCUCGUUUGUGGUACGGGAAGAACUGUGGCUGGUAUUGCGCCUGCUCGAAGGUGGUUCUUUGCUCGAUAUCAUCAAGCAUAAAAUGCGCACCUCACAGUGCAAACACGGUGUCUUUGACGAGGCCACCAUUGCCACGGUCCUAAAGGAGGUGUUGAAGGGUCUCGAAUAUUUCCACUCGAACGGCCAAAUACAUCGUGACAUCAAAGCGGGCAACAUAUUAAUCGGUGACGAUGGCACCAUACAAAUUGCGGAUUUCGGUGUGAGCGCUUGGUUGGCCACUGGUAGAGACUUGUCGCGGCAAAAAGUGCGCCACACAUUUGUGGGCACACCCUGUUGGAUGGCUCCCGAAGUGAUGGAACAAGAUCAUGGCUAUGACUUCAAGGCAGAUAUAUGGUCCUUCGGCAUAACAGCCAUUGAAAUGGCCACCGGUACGGCUCCCUACCACAAAUAUCCACCCAUGAAGGUAUUAAUGUUAACUCUACAAAACGAUCCACCCACCCUGGAUACUGGAGCUGAUGAGAAGGAUCAGUACAAAGCCUAUGGCAAAACAUUCCGUAAAAUGAUUGUGGAAUGUCUGCAGAAGGAGCCCUCAAAACGACCCACGGCCAGUGAAUUGCUUAAACAUGCCUUCUUCAAAAAAGGCAAAGAUCGCAAGUAUCUUACCCAAACUCUGUUGGCCUCGGGUCCCUCGAUGGAAACUCGUGUCCACAAGGCUGCCAAAAGGCAACCGGGCGCCUCGGGUCGUCUGCAUCGCACCGUCACCGGUGAAUGGGUGUGGUCAAGCGAAGAGGAAGACAAUGGUGGCAAACAUCAUUCCUCCGAUUCGGAAUCGGACGACAGGCCCAUUAAUCGUCUAGAAAGAGCCGAUUCUUCGGACAGUGAUCGUGACGACCAAUCUGAAUUUUCGGAAGCUGCCACUGCCACAGCUAAUGCUAUGCUACCACAGCAACAACAACAACUACUACAACAACCGCAAGCAACGCCACAACAACCUGCCGCCGCAACAUCACCCUCUGGGCCAGCACAAGUUGCCGAAAUGCCCAUGCUGUUAGCGGACGGCUCUGAAGCUCCCCCCGUUAAUCUCGUCUUGCGCAUGCGCAAUCAACGACGUGAGCUGCACGACAUACGAUUUGAAUUUGCCGUUGGCAAGGAUUCGGCCGAAGGCAUCGCCGCUGAAUUGGUGGAUGCUGGUCUCGUCGAUCCCCUGGACACGCAACCAAUGGCCAUCAACUUGCAUCAGUUAAUCGAACAAAGAGCUGCUUUAAAAACUGUUACGUUCCAAUUGAAUUCUGGGGUACAACCGGGUGAAGUACCCGAUGAUCGCUCGCUGGUCGGGUAUGCUCAAAUAUCAAUAACUGAUUAGAUAUAUAAACAUUACAUAUAUUUAUAAAAAAAAAACAAAAACAUAGUAGUUCGUAGUUCGUAUGUACAACAAUAAUUAGUUAUAUAGCAGAAAACAAACAAAACAUAUUAAUAAUACAUUCAUAAUAUGAUAUGAUCAUGUUGAAGAUAAUAAUGAUAAUGAAUGAUGAGAAUGAUAAAUUAUUAUUUAAUAGUAUAACAAACAAAAAAACUCUUAAACAAAAGCCUAGAAAAUAAUAAAAGAAAGAAAAAGAUAAAACCCAUUUAAAAAGCAACCCUUAAAACAAAACUUAAUAAAGAAAUUUUAUUGUUUUUUUUCUGGUAAUUUUUUAUUUAUUUAAUCAUUUUAUUUUGAUAUUUUAAUAGAGGGAAGGAAGGAUACACAAAAUUUAAUAUAAUUGUUUAAUAAGACUUGUAUUAGUUUUUUAUUUAUAUUUAUUGUUUCAAUGCACUACCAUGUUAUUUUAUAGCAAAAAGAUAAAUAGGAAUUUUAAGGAUUUUUUUCAACGGUGUGGCUGCAUUUUCAGAAAAUUUUUAACAUUUGAAUGUUAUUUCAUAUGACCAGUAAAUGAUAGGAAUACUUGUUUUAUAAAUAAUACAUUUUACGAUAGAACUUUUAUUUUAAACUAGAAAUAAUUGGAAACUUUAGUUUAAUUCGUGUUUGAAGAAACACCCAAAAAAAUAAUUAUACUCGAAGGAUUAUUAAAUGAAUCUAUAUACACUUGUAUAUAGUUGAAUUGAAUUUCAAUUUCCAAAUUAAAUAAUCUCCUGAGUUUAACAAUUGUUUAGUUGUUCGGUUCUUAAAGGAAUUAAAAGUGUUAAUAAAACGAAUAUAGUUUGAAGGUUGUAUUUUGUACUGGUACAUUGAAGUCUUACUGAUUGCUUUCAUUCAUACAUGAAUAUUGUUUGAAUGUUUGACAAAAGAUUCGAAGGACCAUAAACUAGUAAUGAAAAAUUAUCUUCAAAUAACGAUACAUAUUCCUUAAUUACUCAAGAGAAAGAUGUUCCGCGUUUUUAAUAUAGAUUUGUUAAUAACAGUUAAACUAUUUACCUUUCAGAAGUAAAACCUUUAUAAUAACAUAUACUUCAAAGAUUGAUUUAUAUAGGUACUGUCUAGCUCAUUAUUGGAGUCACGAGUAUUGCUAGAAUUUCUUUCAAACGCUACAAUAUGUUGAUAGUUUACACAAGAUUCGAAGGACCAUAAAUUAAUGACUAAAAUUCAAACCAAAUUAACAAGAUAUAGUCGAAACUACUUAAGAGAAUAAUGUUCUUUGAUCUAAUUAGUAACUGUUAGUAAAUGUGUCAUACAUAAAGAUAAUUGUAAACAUUAAUUUACACACUACUGUUAAAUAUGCAAAAUUUACUUAAAAAUCAAUGUUAAAUUCAUCAUAAAAUGACUUAAUUCAUUUUAAAGUGCGAAUGGCACAGCUAGCUGCUAUUUAAAAAAAAUGAGAAAAACCUUAAAACUUUAUAGUUAAUUUAUUUAUACAUAAUUAUUUAAUUUUAUUGGUAAGUAUUUAACACAUUUUCUUUAUUAUAAACAAUAAAUGUAAUUAUUUAUUUAUUUACGCAUUACAAAAAUCUAUAUUUUUAUUGCCAAAACAAAUCAUUAAAAUAAAAAUAUUUUGUAAUUAUUAUUUUACAAUAA